GAUUUCAUCGAUGGGCACAGAAGCGAGUCUUUCUUCGGCACGCUUCAUUCAUGUUUAGUAGUGUCAUCCGGUAAUACCGGUCGAAGAGAAUUAGCUUUUUUCCCGCGAUUUAUAUGCGUAAACCUUGGAAUUUUUCCAUUUCGAAAACAGUAUAAUUUAUUAACAAUAAUUCAACGCGUUUAGUGUUCAGAUAAUACCUAAUCUGUUUGCAAUUUUCUGUGUAAAAAACGACAUGGACAGUUCCUAUGUAAAAGGAGGGAAAUGUCAGUUAUUGAACUGAAAGCCUCAUGCUUUGAAAGUGUCAAUUUUACACACCAGAGAAUUACAUUUAGUGAAGAAAAGUACAAUUAAGAUGGAAGAUAACGAGAGUUAUAUAGCGUUUUAUUGAUCUUUUGACUGUGUAACGAUGCGGAACAAGAAACCAUCGGAAAGCAAGUGAAGACUGGUCAGGAAACUAUCCCCACUUGAAGAAUUAUGCGAGAUUAUAUCUAAACAACUCUCUAUGUCGCGAUGGGCGAUCGCCGUUAAAUAAACGAGAAUCUGGCCGUGGCUUUAUCGAUAUGAUUCCCGCUGUAUGCAUGCGUAAGUAACGGUCAGUAUGUGUACGUCAAAGUUUGCAGUUCUCUUCAGUCGAAGACGCGGAAGAUCUAUUAGAGACGCUCGCGUUGUAGAAUUAGAGGAGGAAACGCGCCGAUGGCGAGCGGACAUCUCGUUCGACCAAGUCAAAGGCUGAACAAAAUCUUACAACAUGGAAUGAUUAUCAUAUGAAAUACAGGAGAGUCUGAAGAAAAUUUAAAGGAGACUUUCUUUAGUAGACGAGACAAUUUUUGAAACAAAAAUUAUGAAAGUCGAAAUAAUUUGCUUGCUUCUGGUCAUCGCCGACAUCCGUCCGGGCAAAUGCGAUGUCUUUACGGAUUUUUUGCGCAGCCUAUUGCAAGAGGGAAGGGACAAGAUUGACCAAAUGGGAAUUUCAUAUCCCGCACGGUACGGCGGCGUGAGAAAACAACCGAUAAUUCCCGACAACGUCUCGUUUCCUUGCGACGUGCAUUUUGGCAGAUCUUCAUCGAUACCAAAUAAUGUCCAUCGAUUGAGACCGGGUGACAUCGAUGUGAUCGGUGGUCUCGGCGAUUCCUUAGUCGCCGGAAGUGGCGCGAUGGAGGAAUUCGCAGUAGGGACCUUCAUCGAGGCGCGCGGAGUCAGUUGGUGCGCCGGAGGACAAGGGGAUUGGAGGCAAUUCUUCACGCUUCCCAACAUUUUAAAGGUAUUUAAUCCGAAAUUGACUGGUUAUUCUACCGGAACGGGGGAAUUCAUUUCAACGGCGGCGAGACUGAACGUCGCCUUUCCGGUCGCUGCUACGGAGGAUGCGUUGCAGCAAGCGAGGAUCUUGGUGCAGAGAAUUAAAAGUGACCCGAAGAUAAAUGUGAAGAAACAUUGGAAGCUCAUUACGAUCCUAUUUGGAGCUAACGACAUAUGUUCGGCGCAAUGUUACGAUCCACAAUUUUUCUCGCCGUCGCGUUACAUCCUGCAUUUACAAAGGACGCUCGAUUUCUUAAGGAUCGCACUACCUCGCACGCUAGUCAAUCUGGUUCCGGCCAUAGAUGUCACAGUCUCGGUUAGAGUAACGCGAAGUACUAUGUGCAAUAUAUUGCAUCCCCUUUAUUGCUCCUGUAUGCACAAGGGUAGUCAACCGGAUAUCGCAGCGUCGAAAAUGUCCCAACUCUAUCAGCAGGCCGCGGAAACUUUAGUGUACUCAGGAAGAUACGAUAACUCCGCGGACUUCACCGUGGUGCUGCAGCCAUUUAUUAAAUUAUUUAAUGCACCCAAUGCAGAUCCUAAUCGUGCUCCACCGAUCGACUCCAAUCUGGUCACGUAUGACUGUUUCCAUUUCAGUCAGAAAGGACACGCACUCGGCGCUAAUCUUUUGUGGAACAAUAUGCUGGAACCGGUCGGAAAUAAGACAGAAAAGGGAUUGCCCAAAAUAUUGGAGAAGGUACUCUGCCCCACGGAGAACGCGCCCUACAUUUUCACGAACGUUAACUCGAAAUUUUUCCGGAUGACCGGCAGGCAAGAUGGAAUUGUGCCUAGACAGCAUAAUAGCAUACUCAGUAGUGAUUGAUCCUAUCUUACGAGAGAAGUGAUUAGAAGAAACUCAUUAAAUGACAAACGUGAAACGUCGAUUAUUUGAAAGAUUAUUUUAUAAUCCGUGAUCGAUUAUAAAAUAAUUAUUCAUGUGAAACUUUCAGGUGAAAAAUAAAAUAUUUUAAAAAAUAAUAUAGAUAAUAUAACGAUAAUAAUAAUAUAGUUUUACUAUAAAUUAAUAUCUUCUAUUUGUGUAUCUUUGCAUAAUAUUGGUAUUCGAAUAAUUGAUGUUCUGUUAUAUUGGGCCUGUGCAAAAGUCUUAACUCUUUUAAGCAUUGCUCAAUGUAUCAACACUAGCAGAUAUUAGGGAAAAUUAUAUUAUACAUUAAAAAGGUGUUGCCAAAAGUUGUCUAUAACAAAAGUUGGUUCCAUUUACAGUUAUUUAUAGUGCUAUGCUUGUAUCAAUAAAAAUCAAAUUAAAAGAAAAAGAAUAUUUAUGUGUGAUUACAAUGCACGAAUUUCGAAAAAAAGAAAAAUGGUAGCUGCUAUAAAAACAUUUGUGAUGAAUUUGGAAAAUAUUAUUUACUACUUUUGUGUGUGUCCCUUUCAAUACACGUGUCCCUUUCAAAUCACAUAUAAAUUUUGGUGUGUUUUGAGACUCAUCUUUGCUUAAUAAAGUAGCACUUAAAUAGUAUCAAUCUUUUUUUAUAGACAACUCUUAAAAUUAUCCAUUUAGCAAUAUAUGAUUUGCCAUAUUAUCUAACAAUGUUGAUACAUCGCAACGAGACAAAUAUCUUUUCAAAAAGGAUCGAGACUUCUACACUCAUUUAAUACUAUAAUAUUCUAUUGUAUAUUCUACUGUUAUAGAUAAUGAUUAACGGAAUAUAUAUACGUUAUUUUUUUUGCUCGUUAUUUUUCAGAAAGAACUUGCAUAGGAUUUGAUGAAAUUAGUCUUAAAAAAUAUUUAUAAGCAAAUGAAAGUUGAUGCGCGAAAGUUAUUAGCUAAUCUAAAAUAAGAAGUAAAUCUGAGAAAAAUUUUAAUAAACUAAUAUAGUCUAGAUAAAUUUGUAAAUCAUUAUAUAAUACAUUUAUUAAUGCAAUUCAUGCUUUUAUUAUUAGUGUUUUUUGUAUACCGGCGUCGCGGCGUUUUAAACAAAAUCUUUAAAAAGGAAAAGAUCUUUAUAGAAAAAUAUAUAUUAAGCAAGAAUGAUAAGAAAUUUAUUUUCGACGUUGUCCAAAGAAUCACAUUCUUGAUCGCUCAGGUAAUCUGCAUUUUUUUUAAUACGUUUUUUGGAUAGAAUUCUUAGGGCAUGGACGAAGUCCACGUGAUAGACAUUGAACAGGACGCCUAUUACAGUAGAGUUCAAAGUCCAACAUAUAUCUCGUGAAAUAUCCGGUUAAUAUUAUUGUAAAUUGCUAGUGGAAUUUCGAGCUAUAUGUAGAUAUGCGUCACAUCAGGAAGUGCAUGAUUUGCAUACACACCUAUAGGAUUUUCCCGUAACUAUCUGAAAUCCGAACGUUCCUCUGACUGUGACAAAUCUAUCACUAAAAACUAGACAAACAAUAAAUUUAGAAUUUUCGUCAACGUAAUUUGCUGUUAGCACACACGAGUCUAUUUUAUUAUAUUGAUUAGAAUUUUUGGUGUUCAACUAUUUUAACUAUUUUCGCCAUUUCAAAGAUUAUCCAGUAAACGAAAAUGAAUUCAAAUAAAUUGAAAAUUGUAAUUUAUUUCAAUUUAUCCGACUUCGCAUUUUAGAAUAGAGAUAUAAAUAAGUUAAAGUAAAUUGAUGAUAUGUCUGAGUAUAUGAAUCUAUUUCUGUUCAUAAAUAUGAAUAAGAUAUUGUAUACUUAUAAUAAAUUAAAAAGAAUUCAAAUGUAAAUUUUCUUAAUUAACUGCGUGCGUCGAUAUGGAUUAAUAUAAUAUUCAACAAUGAAUAUUAUAAUUUAAACUGGGAUAUUUAGCAAUUUCCUAUGUUAUUCAUAACAAAAAUUUAUAAGACAAUGACUUGAAAUAAAAAUUUCUGUAAAUAUUCUUUUUAUUUUACAAUAACAUUUAUGAUUAUUUUUUUAUAAAUAGAAUAUAAAUUUUCUUCAUUCAUUUUAAAAUAGAAAUAUUCACUACUGUGUGCAUUUAGAGCUAAUAUAUUUCUAUGAUAACUUUUUAUUUCUAUGAUAACUUUUUUAUUUACAAAAAAGUGCACAUUUUUAAU